CUCACAUACAGGUGAAAGGGUUUAUCAGACAAGGAUUUAUUGGAUAUUUGACCCUAUUAAAUGAGGAUGACAGAAAACUGCACAAAUCAAUAUGUGGCCAUUGGUCUGACAUCGACUGCACUGCUGAUAUCUGUGUGUUUAAAUGUUGUAUUCUGUUUAUUAAGAAGAAAGAAAAAAAUAUAUGCAGUUAAUGAAAACAUGUUAGAAUAUGGAGAUGAGCCAUUACGUCAAGAUUCACUUCGGUCUUACAGGUUUGAGGAUGAUGAGAUGGAAAGACAGGAAAAUCCUAUUUAUGGAAAUAUCUGUUUAGAUGGAGGAGGGCAUUUUGAAAUGUCUCCGGAGGUGUGCUAUGAACAAAUGUCCCAUGCAAGCACAGCAAAGCAGGGAUUAAAGGUUCAGCAGGGGGACGUGUCCUAUGCCUCUCUGGAUCUGACUGCCAAUAAAAAGCGUAGGAAGAAGAGAAAAUACCACAAGCAGGCUCAAACUCACCAGGCCCAGACACAUCCUCAACCCACAUCCCAGCAGAACGGCAUGGACCAGGAUGACGAGGCUGAUGUCACCCUCCCGUCCCGGAGCAGCAGCCUCAUGGUUUCACGUCACAGUAUCUACCUCAACAGUCAUCAAGUAGCCCUGGAGGCAGAAGAGAGGGAGAGGGACAGAGAGAGGGAGAGGGAGAGAGUAAGAGAGAAGGAAAUAGAAAGAGAGAGAGAUGAUAAUGCAGAGAUAGAGUUUGAGAUGCACAGAAAUGUGCAUGAAGACUUUGAUCACUCCCUCAGUAGAUCAAGACAAAGUCUAGAACAGGACAGUUAACAGUUUUAGAGUUAAAAAAAAACUUUAGCGUCUUAAAAGUUGAAACACAGGAUACUGUGGGGUGGUGCUGUCAGCAGCUGUGAUAUUUAAAGCUCAUCGUUAAAGUACAUAAGUCACACCCCAAGUCAUAAUUUCUGUCUGUUCAAAAGCAUGCAGAGGAGACCAGCUAUUUGUUCUGAGGUUGUGUCCAAUCGAGACACAUCUAAAUCAGUUUAUCACUUUAAAUGUGCUUUCUUAUUUCCUGCAUUUGAAGGUUGGUCUGUUUGUUGUUGUACUUACAGUAAGAAGAAUAUGUUAACAAAUAUUUAUCUGAUUGUUUUUUAUGAUAAUUUUCAGGAUCACAUAAAUGUAUAUUUGUGCAAAUAAGGUUGACUGAUGACUCAAGUC